UAAAUGCCCCAGUCUUUCAUUGGAAGCGAAAUUUUCCAAUAAAGAAAUAAAAGCAUCGUGGAAAAGAAAAAAGAGGCAAACCCCAAAUUCUCCUCUUAACACCACCAAUCAAAGCCCAAUUGGUGUUGAAAGGAAAAGCAAAGCAGAUAGCGUCUGCUCUCUGUGUCUCAGUUUUUUCCAUACUCCAAGGGUAUGAGUUUUCAUCCCUUGUUUUGAUCCUCCGCUGGUUCUUGCUCUGUUUCCGAUAUGGGGAUUCAUCAUAGAAAACGGCUACUAUCAAUAUUCGGUGUCUACAUUCCUCCUCCUUGUCCACCUUCACAACUACAGCCGCCACCACCACCAACACCAAGACCAACACAAAAACCAGGCCCUUUGCAUGACAAUCAUUACAACCAAAUGCAAUUGAUUAGGAUCGGUAUUUUUAUAAGUGCAUGCGUAGUUGGCGGAGCUCUUUUCGUUGCAGUUAUGUUAGCAAUUAUCAACAAGUACUACUCGAGGAGGAAUAGUUCAAGGAGAAGAAAUUCACCAAUACUUUUUGAUACCCAAGAAGACUUUCUUGAUGAAGAUCAUGGACCUGCGAUCGCCCACCCCAUAUGGUUAAUCCAAACCGUUGGUCUCCAGCAAUCUGUUAUUGAAUCCAUCACAGUUUGCAAGUAUAAAAAAGAUGAGGGGCUGAUAGAUGGAGCCGACUGCUCUGUUUGCUUGAGUGAGUUUGAAGAAGAUGAAAGUCUCAGACUCUUGCCGAAGUGCAGCCACGCCUUUCACCUUCCUUGUAUAGAUACAUGGUUGAGAUCCCACAAGAAUUGCCCCUUGUGUCGUGCUCCUAUAGUUAGCGACGCUGCCGGUUGUCGGGUAACUGCAAGUGAACCUAAUAUGAAUGUUCCAGGUCCAAUCCAAGAAACCCAGGCAGAGAAUCUUGAGAAUUAUAGUGGGGUAGAAAACAACAGAUACAGAGAAGGAGGGACCAGUGAAGUUGGGGUUGGAGAUGGAAAGUUUAGAGCUUUGGCAAUUGAGGAUGGCAGAUGUACUGAAAUAUCAAACAAAAUUAUCAUUCACAGUUCAAGUUCUAAUAAUUGUCAUUCUCGAGCACGAAGUAACUUGCCUGACAAUCAACGAGUCAUGGAAGAAGAAAUACAACCAAUGAGAAGGUCAGUUUCAUUAGACUCAACUUCUGCACUGAAGAUUUAUCAUGCUGUGGCCAAAAUUGUUACAGAUCAAGGAAGUUCAAAAACCCAAUCAACACACCAAAAAAGUUCGGGCAAGAAGAUUGUUGUUGAUAAGCCGGGGAGUGGAACCUCGAGCUUAAGCAAACUGGUGAAAUGUCCUUCAGCUGGGCGUUCCCUGCAGAAGGGGCCGAUUUCGAUGAAAAGGUCUUUUUCUUCUAGCAGAAGGUUCAUGUCAUCCAGACAUUUCAAAAGUGUGAGCUCAAUACUUCCCUUCUGAAGAUGACAAGGGGCGUUCCGUUGUGAAUUGUUCCUUGGACAGGAAGAAGCUGGCUCCGGUAUGAAGCAUUCCUCGAGAAGAUGGUUUUGGUAUCAAAAUUCAAGCUUUUGAAAAUAAUUAAGAACAUAUGGAUCCAAAUUAGUGGUUUGUAAUAAAUAAUUAGAUUCUGGGAUCUGAAAGAAUACUUUUUGGCUAUUGUUAUUACUGUUAAUAUCUUGGAUCGCUGAUGACUGUCGCA